CAAAACAGAGGUGGAGGAGUCAAUUUAAAGUAGGAAGGAAAGAAGAGAGAAGCCCCAUGCCCCAUGUUUUACUCUGAUAUUCCCAAAGCCGAUCUUCUUCUAUCAGAAUCUUGUUGACCCUUUCUCUCUGAAACCUUUAACUUUCUCUUCCAUAAUAAUUAAACCUCAACCCUAGAUAUUCAAUCACCCUACCCAACCACCAAAGUUGCUCUCCAACUGAGCACCUCAUUUGUGGCGUCAACCAUGGCGGCUCCGGCACCGACCUGGCCGUGGACUUUCUCAGCUUCUCUAACUGUAACCCUAGUUUUAACCUUAGUUUCCGUAGUUUAUGGCAACUCCGAAGGAGACGCUUUGUACACCUUGAGAAGGAGCUUGUCGGAUCCGGAUAAUGUUCUCCAGAGCUGGGAUCCCACCCUCGUCAAUCCGUGCACUUGGUUCCACAUCACCUGUAACCAGGAUAAUCGCGUGACCCGAGUUGACUUGGGGAACUCAAACUUAUCUGGACAUCUAGUUCCCGAGCUUGGAAAGCUAGAGCACCUGCAAUACCUGGAACUCUAUAAAAACAAUAUUCAAGGAAGCAUACCUAAUGAGCUUGGUAACUUGAAGAGCCUCAUCAGCUUGGAUUUGUACAACAACAACAUCUCAGGGACCAUUCCUCCUUCACUGGGGAAAUUGAAGUCCCUUGUCUUUUUGCGUCUUAAUGAUAACCGAUUAACUGGACCAAUUCCUAGGGAACUUGUUGGUAUUUCAAGCCUUAAAGUUGUUGAUGUGUCAAACAAUGAUUUAUGUGGAACAAUUCCUACCAGUGGUCCAUUUGAACGUAUCCCUUUGAACAACUUUGAAAAUAAUCCUCGACUAGAAGGUCCAGAGUUGCUGGGUUUAGCAAGUUACGAUACAAAUUGCACGUAAAGAGAUCUUGAAGCUGUAAACUGCCCAAAUUGUCUUCAAUCUCGUGUACGUCAACAAUUAAAAUUGAAAUUACAUGAUAGUGUAACAGGAUUGGUGAAAUGCAGCCUCUGGUAUAAGUAUUUGUAAAUUGUUUGAGACCUGGUAAUGCUUUAGCAUUUGUAACUGCAUUGUUGUGUUCUAAGAUGAAAGACAUGAAUUUGUAUUAAUAUAAAAGCUAGAGAAGGGUUUACCUAAAUGUGGUUUUAUACUCA